UGUUUUCUAUACUUAUGUUGGAACGCUCGGCUUCGCGUCGACGGCGCAGUCGUCGCAGGGCUCCUCGGCGGGCGCGGUCCGCCGCCGUUUGACGUUUUCGGGGGAGACGACGAUGGCGUCGGCGGCGCGCGCCGCCGUGGAAGGAGAUGCCCCGAGCGCGGCCUCGAGCGCGGCCAGCGUCUGGACGCCCGUCAGCGUCUUCCCGUUGACGACCCACGUCGGGUAGGCCUCGACGGCGGCGGCGGCGCACUUGGCCGGCUGCGCCUUGGUGCCGCGCGGGUCGCACUCGUAGGCGGGCACGCGCGGCCACGCGGUCUUGCCGAAGAGCUGCCGCUGCUGGUCGCAGAAGCGGCACCAGUAGGUCCCGUAGAAGACGGCGCCGCUCUUGGCCAGGGCCGUCGCCACGCGCAGCGCGUCGGGGGACGACGGCUGCAGGACGGGCGGCGGCUUGUUCGUCGUCGGCUUCUUGGCGGGCGCCGCCUUUCGCAGGCCCGCCAGCACCUCGAGGUCGUCGAGCGACCGCACGCCGGAGAAGAGGCGCCCGUCCGGCGCCGCCCAGGUCGGGUAGGCGCCGAUCUUGGCCGCCUUGCAGAGGCCCGGCGCGGCGCCGAGGCCCCCGGGGUCGCACUCUACGUACGCGACGGCGGCCGACGCCUGCUUGCCGAGCACGCGGCGCUGCUCGUCGCAGUAGCGGCACCAGUACGCUCCGUAGAACUCGAACCCCUUGGCGUUCAGCGCCUCGACCACGCGCAGUUGGCGCUUGCUCGACGGCGCGGUCACCUCGGGCGGCGGCCGGCCCUCGGGCAGCGGGAUCGGCGGGACGGCGUUGGAUUCGAGCGGUGCGAGGGUCACGGCCGCGGCGGCGAGGCGUUGCGCGGCACGCCGCCGCGUCGUGGGUUCCAGCGUCGUCGCGGUGAGAGGUACGAGAGCUAUGAUGGUUCGGCGCAUUUUUGCGCGUGAGCUGCUGAGCUCAGUGCUGGGUCAGCCAGCAGUGAUAGACCUGUGAUGAGUGCAGCAAGUGCGCUGCGCCAGUGAAGACAAGCGGUGCAGCAAGUAUAUUCACUCCCGCGCACGAGCUGCUGGUGCAAGCAGGUAGGCAUGCAAGUGUGGUGAGCUUG